UUUGGCUGCAGUUUCGCGUGCGAUAUUCACACAUAUACCAUCAUACGAGCAUAUAAUGUAUUUUUUUUCUUUGUACACUUUUUCUAAUUGCAUGCGUAUCAAAUAAGUUUACGCCCGAAAAUGUUAAUUAAAAUGUGAAAAUGCAACUGAAAAUAAUGAAACAAAACCACUCUGAGAGAGAGAAGUUGGAACACCAAGUACCGUUGCAACGGCUAUUUAUGGGGAAUGGGAAGGUGCGAGUGAGCUAAGCUAUAUAAGCUAUUUGAGGAUCAGCAGUUCUCUAAUGAUGCGAUUAAGUUGCCGUUUUAAGUGGCUUACAUUCGACCAAAAACGAAGUUAACAAGCCAAACGCGCAACACAAAUAGCUGACAUACUUUUUAAGUGGAGGCUUCAAUCGCCUCAAUCGUUUUUCCGGUUUUCUCAACGGUUUUGCACUAAUGGGGAUGGCGGACAAAGAGGAGCACGAGCACCCAUCUCCCGUUUGGCCAUUUCCAGACACGUAAAUGGUACUCUUAAAGAAACCAUUUAGAAGUUCCCUGAUACUCUAGAAUUUUUUGGAUUCAAAAACGCCAUAAUCUGUAAUUUGAAGGACUGUCAUUAGUUGUUCGACUUAAAUUAAUUUUAGUUUUAAAUUUGUGUUUUUUAUGUGAGCCAAAUGAGCUGCCAAAAGUGUUCAAGCAACCUGGUGUUUAUAUGGCAUUGUAUACGCUUACAAAGUAAGUUGAAUAUUCAGCAACGUGAUGCCCCUUAGCGAAAGGUCGGCGGUCGGCGGUCGGAUUUAAAUAUUGCCUCCAUGAGUCUGCCGUACUUCGCACAGAACCUCUUGGUACAGCGAUAUAUGCGGAGUGGAGUGCACCAACUACAUAGGGAACCCGAUCGAAAAUGACUAUCCCGGAAGCUUUCAAGGACCAGGAGAUCUUUGUGACAGGCGCCUCGGGCUUCGUGGGCAAGGCCCUGAUUGAGAAACUACUGCGCUCCUGUCCAGAUGUGGGUCGUAUUUACGUGCUGAUGCGCCCCAAAAAGGGCCACUCCAUCGAGGAGCGCCUCCAGCUCCAGUGGGAGACGAGGCUGUACGAGCGUUUGCGGAGGGAGCAGCCCGAUGCCCGGUCCAAGUUGGUGGCCAUAGCCGGGGACGUCGAGCAGUUGGGCUUGGGAAUCGGGGAUGCGGAUCUGAAGCGGUUGCUCAAUGUCAACAUUGUCUACCACUCGGCGGCAAGUGUGCGCUUUGAUGAUGCCCUGCGCACCGCCAUUCUCUUGAAUACCCGCGGCACCCACGAGCUGGUCAAGCUGGCUCUGCAGUGGCGCAAACUCAAGGCGUUCGUCCAUGUGUCCACCACCUACUCGAAUCCGGGAGUGCUGGAAGUGGAGGAGCGCGUCUACCCGCCGCUGGCCGAUUGGCGCACCACCAUAAAACUGGCGGAGACCUACGAUGAGGAGACGCUAGAUAUCUUCAAUCUCAAGUAUGGUAAUUUUCAACCCAAUACGUACACCUUUACAAAAAGUUUAGCAGAGCAAGUGGUCAACGAAUACAGAGAUCGGUUGCCAAUCUUCAUCUUCAGACCGUCCAUUGUGGUCUCUACAAUUGAGGAACCCAUGCCCGGGUGGGCUGAUAACUUCAACGGACCCACUGGCCUCCUGGUGGCCUGCGGAGUGGGCAUUUUGCGGUCCCAAAACUGUGAUCCCAACAUUGUGGCCGACUUCGUGCCCGCCGACAUUGUGGCUCGCACGCUGAUCACAUCGGUGUUCAAGUUCAUGACGGAGCCGAAGCCAGGGAGCACGGAUGGGGAGCUGUACGUGGUCAACUGUGCGACCGCCAACAUAUCCCCAAUCACCAUGGGCGAGGUGAUCGAGAUCGGGAAGACGUUCAUAAGGAAGAAUCCCUUCGAGAAGACCCUUUGGCUGCCAGGCGGUGGAAUGACGACCUGCCCCGUGUUGCACUUUGUACGGUUCUGCACCAUGCACCUGUUGAUGGCAGUCGUGGUGGACACUUUGCUCCGCCUCUAUAAUGAGAAGCCUUUUCUCAUGAAGCUGCAACGACGUAUUUUCGCGGCCUUUAGUGCGUUGCAGGUUUUUGCAAUGACAGAGUGGCAUUUUCAGAACGCGAAUUUCCGAGCAUUACACGACAUAGUUCCGCCCAAAGAAGUGUCGACCUUUGGCUUUAUGCAGCACGCAAAUAUAAACUAUACGGAAUUUUUCCAGCAUGGCAUCCGGGGUGCCAAAGAAUUUCUUUUGAAGGAAAGUCCCGAAAGUAGCAGCGCAGCCCGUUUCCGCGUGAAGAUCUUCUACAUUCUGGACUUCCUGUUCCGGGGCAUCGUUUAUAGCUUCCUGCUGCGCGUAAUAUUUCGAUUUUUAGUAAGCUUGUGGUAGCAGAGCACUUUAUAAAUAUUCAAACUGUAAUGACAUAUUUUAAUUAUGUUUCCCUAACGAUUGUAACGCUUGUACGAGUAUGUACAUUACCUAAAUAAGAGGAUUUCUUGGAGUUCCAUGUUCUUGCGCUGAUUUUUACAUAAAUAGCAAGAGAAAAUAUAAUAUGCUAAGUACCACUAAGAAUCAGGGAUUAAAUGUGUUUUCUGGCCGA